AAUUAUCCCAGCACAGUACUCUCCUCAAGCAACGUCUCUAUGAGAACACCCAGUUCGAUCCUACAUCUACGACAAUGAAGCUCUUAUCCACCCUCGUCGCCAGCACCCUUGCCCUGGCAGUCUCAGUCCAGGCUACCGACUGCACUGAAGGCAUGAAGUACUGCAAAAGUGUCUUGGAAGACAUCGACUACACCAAGUAUUCCACCCUGAUCCCGCAGGCUAUAGCAGCGGCCGGCUUCAACCAGGACGCUCUUCCUCCUCCCCUUAUGUUAGACCGCCCCUCAUUCCUGUUUGCAUGUGGCAGUGGUGGAUCGAUCACUGCUGAGAGAGAAUGCACCUUUGGGUGUAACAAUGCAGGUGCUGGGCACAACGAUUACUGUACUAUCUGAGUAUGUCUCGCAUUGGCCUUUGGCAUGGCAUCGUUUGUGUCAUGGUGGCGGUGGUGGUGUUGAUGGUGCGGUAGCAGAUGGGCUCAGUGUUCUCCUGUUGCGAGUGUUCUUUGUACUCUAGGCAUAGUGUGCUUAGAGACAAUGUCAAGAUGUCAAAUUACGCUGUACUUAGGCCUCUUAUGUCGGAACACUGUUAGUAUCAGGCACUAUGCAUAUGGUCGUUAAGCAGCCG